UAAGGGUGAAAAAUGGUCAUAAGUCACUUUUUAAAGUGUCAUUGUAACUUUGAAUGGUCCCUAGAGGAUUAUCUGUACAAUAUUUGAACAUUACCAUUAUUCAGCAUGAAGCACUUUCAAUAUUUUGAAUGUCUGUACAGAAUUAAAAUAGGAUUCUUCCACAUAAGAAAAAAUGUCAAUAAGGAAACCCACAUACAUGGAAGAAUUCUGCCUAAAUAGAUCUUUAUAUUGUUACCCUCUUUGACAAUGAUAGCAAAAUAAACAUUAUUAGGGCAUAUUACAAGCUGGGACAAUUCUAUACUGUCUCUUAUGAAUUUAUUAAAUAUUUACACAUAGAAGAGUUGCCUAAAGAUUUUUGAAAUGAUCAAAACAAAACCUAGCUUUAAGCAAACAAGACUCCUUAAUAUGGGUGAAUAACUUUUUAAUGUCUGAAACAAUGCAUUUAAUGGGCUAGUGCUGAAUGUUUUGGGGAUGGCCAACAGCUUCAGAGAAUGGACUGAUGAUGCUAAGCUUGCACAUAUAUACGUUUUAAUGGAGCCAGGAUUUGAUGCAGACUGGGGGUGGGGAUCUGUGUUAAGUCUAUUUUAGGUUUGUGCUACAUUUUCUUCUAGCUCCCAUUUUAAAAUGGCAAAGACAUUUAGCUUGCUCACAAAAAGCAAAACUACAAGUAAUCCUUAUUUAUUUUUAAAACAAUUUAUAAUAAUAAAAUAUUUGAAAUGUAGACAUAAAGUUCAAAUUCUUACAUUUUUUUCCAUUAAAGCUCCCUCAAUCUUUUUUUUUUCUUUUUGGUCUCACAACAUAAGCAAUUUGGCAGUGGGAACUAUCAUUUUUCUAAACCUCUAGUCCAAAGGUUCCUUGGAUGCCUUUAAAAAGUAUCUUUAAGGUAUUCCUUGUUAAUUUUAUGUUAUUAUCAUUUAAUAUCAGUGUAUUUUUGAACAGAAGAGACUGAAAUGAUGGCCAUCUAUCUGAUCUGAAACAAAAAUGUACUUUUAACACCAAGCUUGUUCAAACACACAUUUUAGAAACAUUGAUUGUAGUUUUUCUGCUAUUGUAGCUUUCCACUUACUUCCUCUGAAGGAGGCAAAGGCAAGAAAAUGACCUGGUAAAAACAUCACACUCAGAAGAUCAAGAUGCUCUAGGAAGUCACACUUUUGUUCUUGUAAUGUCCUGUGGUGCCACUUAUAUAAAGUUUUAAGACCACAGCAUUUUCUUUCUCUUCUAGUAAAGAAAUUCUUUUACUUUUUCUGUUAAAAGACUUUCACAGUGUGUCUUUGAAUGGAAGAUCUGUUUCUGAUGCCCGGGACUAGACUGAGUCACAAGGGUACAAUAUUAAUUAUUGAAUACAUACUGUUGCUAGUCUUUCAAAUAACCUUUGGUAUGUUUCAAUUUGCUAUAUGUUGUAAGACAGUUCAGUGAAGUCACACUUGGAUUUUUUUCAUUUCACCAUCCUAAAGUGAGAUUGAUGGAUGGAAGGACUGCUGCUGUUAGACCUUGAACAGAUUGUUUUUGGCAUUAUCUUUUAAGUCUAACAUUCUUUGAUUGACCUUGGCAGAGAUAUCAAAAGUAUUGUCUUGAUCUCGCUGAAUAUAGCUGUCUUUUCCCUUUUUUAGCAAAUAUUUCAGUUGGUUUUGGUGGUUUGAGUUUUUCAAAUAUUUCCAGUUACAAUGAAAUACUUAACAAUGUCAGCACUAUCUCUGAUCCUUUCAUGACUUCCUUUCAUCAAGUUUCAAAAGAUAUCAAGUCCUUCCUUUUUUCUGCCCCUGGAAAAACUUCUUGGCCCUUUUCCAUGAACUUCAUUAUUUCCAUUCAGAUUCUUGUAUGCUGUCAUCAAACGAAUGUUCAUCAUGUGUAAACAGUGAGUUACAAAUGGAAUUUUGACUAUACUAAUCUUUGUGUUUUACCAGUAGAGCAGAAAAUACUGCUUCUGUAAUGAAGGGGAACUUACACAUGCCUGAUGGUGCCUUCAAGUGUUCCUUUGGAUGCAUGAAAUAUCUACAGAUCAGACGGAACAAACCAAGCAUCAUCUUACAUAACAACUCAAUUUCCAAUACAUCCAAAUGAAAAAGUCAAAGUUGUGGUGGUCUCACAAAAUAAAGCACUGGCUCAGGGCUUCUUUAAUCUCACAAUCAGGAUAUCAAGACAAUUUGGAGAAGGUUCCUCAAAGAUGCUAUUUAGUUGACUACAGACAAUAAUGACUGAAAACCUGUUUGAUAAUUCACUUACAACUUAGUUGUAUUAAUUGGAUCUAACACUUAAGACUGUGAUACCCAGGGGUGAUGAUCAUUCAAGGUAGUUUGAUUCAGCCUCCUCCCAAAUACACCCUUGACAAAAAAAGAAGCUUGUUUCUUUUUUCAUGAAUCUAAAAAACAAGAGCUGGAUUAUACUGAAAAAGUAACAGGGAAAAGAGUUUAUCUGUUGCAAUAUCCAUGCCACAUAUGCUAUGGUGGUGAAGGUAUCUAUAAUAGAUUUGUUUAAUAUUUGAUGAAUAUAACUACAGUAGUAGUGUGCUGGACCAGCUUAUAUCAGGUCAUGAGAGCUGAUAGUUAAUUUUCUGCAUUUUGCUAACCUGCUGAGAGCAGAGUUGGGCCUUGACAUCCAGCAUGCCAGUCAGCUCUUCCUCCUCUAGCGGUGGUGUGUGGCACCAGCAAUGGAACUAGUAGAGUUGGUUUUUGAACAUUUAGCAGCACACUACUGGGUAUAAUUAACCCACAUAAGAUUUAUAGAACAGUUAUUUUGAAUAUCUGUACAAUAUUUCAUCAAUAAUUUUCAUACAUAGCAGUAGCCCCACCAGCAGAAGUAGCACCAGCAAUAUUAUUUAACAUCAUUACUAGCAUUGAGAAUUGCUAAAGAUGAGCAUAUGUUACAUAUAUGCAAUUCACAUUUAUUCACGUGACAUGUCAUGGGCAUAUUGUCCAUUGUACACUGCAUUUCUUCAAAAUGAAUAUAUAACUAUUUUAACUAGAGAAAAUUAACUUGUGAUUACUCAGAGUAAUGAUUUUAUAACAGAUAUCUUAGAGAAACAAAGCAGGGUUGAACAUAUUCUUUAAUCCUAGAAUAUGAGCUUGUGAAUUGGAUAAUACUGACAAUGUCAGAAAAAAAAAUAAAAGCAGGCAAAUUAACAUUUGCAAAAGAAAAACUAUGGAACUAUUAAAUAAAUAACAUAGAAAUUUUGGAGGAGCUCCAUGAGGACCCAAGUGCUGGCAGUGAUAAUAAACCAUGAGUAACAGAAGCUUUAAAUUUAGAGCAAGAAGAAAGAUAAGGAAACAGACACAAAGCAGUUUUAUUUUCAAGGCAGUAUCUCAUGGUUAUUUGGGAGCACACAGCAGCUACAUGCUAUGUUUGGGCUCCAGCUUUUGAUUACAAAUUUAAGACUGAGUAUCAGCUUCAAUACAUGCCAGGAUUUUUGUGCAGGUACAGGUAAUGACAGGAUGAUGGGAGGAACAGAUGCCUAGGCAUGCAAUUCUGGGAACCAUGGUAAAAAUAAUCAAUGUGGCAGUAACACAUAAAAGAAGGAUGGGACUUUUUGUACCGUUUGGCUGCCAUCUUGAUUUUUUACUCCAACCCAAGUUGCUGCUGCUAGAAACAAACCAAAUGGAUGCAAAACAUGUAAUUUAGAAUGGAGAAUCUAAAAGUGCGACUUCUGGUACAUUCUAAAUAUUCUAAAGAGAAUAACAACAAAAUGGAGAGAAGUGAGGAACGGAAGCAAAGAAAAAAACAAGCUGUAACAAAGACUUCAUAUAUCUGUGAAUUCAUAAGAAGUUGAGCUCAACUUGAAGAAGACUUCAUGUGACUUCCAAACUAACCACAGCAAUGCAAAGCCAACUCUCAUUAUAGCAGUAUAUUAUGUUCUCAGCAUUUCCAAGAGAUCAAUCACAAUGCUAAUUAUACUUAUGCUAGUGGUCAUCUUAAAAGAGAAUUGUACCAUAUUUUGUAAAAUGGAAUCUUUUUUAGGAUAACAACUUUUACUAUAGCUAGUCUAGAUAUAAGGAGUAAAACAAAUAAAUGUAUACCAACAUUAAUGCAAGUACAGCCAAAAUUUCUUAAUGUUAUUAGAGGUGUAAUUUUAACCUUCAUAUAUUCAUACACUUCAUAUAUUCAUCAAAUUUUUCUGAGACUUUAGUUCCUUACUAUAAACUGCAGGAUUUUGUACAGAAUUUCAGAAGUUCACAACGCAGCAUACAGCAUCACUGGGGAGGGUUUUUUUGUUUGCAUUUGCCUCCUGUUAGAUUUAUUUACCUAUUUACAAUAUUUCUAUAGUUCUGUCUGGCUCACAGUGGUUCACAUAUAAAGUUAUAAAAAACAAGAACAAAAUAAGACUGUUAAAACAACUGCAUCAGCUAAGAAUAAUCUAUAUCUCUGCAGGGGCUAAUCGUAACAAAUAAUUUUUGAAUUACAUCAUCUUUACAACCUUUCCAAAGGACAUCAGCAUGGGCAUUAACCAAAUCCCAGAAAAGAGGCACUUCCAGCCCUGCAGUGGAGAAGCACUGAGUCUAAUGUUCCUCUACAAGAUGAGAGCAUGAGAUGGAACCUUUCUAUUUGCAGGAGACAAACUGGUAGCCAAGCUGUGAAGGCCUUAUAGCUAUAGCCAGCAUUAUGAGUUGUACUCCAAAACCUAUUAGUGUUUUAAUGCUGUUGUAGCUCUUACUCACUAAAACACAGGCUACAAUAUUUUGUUCCAAUUGCGGUUUCCACAUAGUCUCAAGGCAGCACCAGAUAAAGUGGGUUACAGUAAUCUAUCCUGGAAGUAAUGAGAAUGUGUUUGACUUUGAUCAAACAGUAUCUCUAUCUUGCAAAGGUUCAAUUUCCUUAAAGGCAAGGCAAUUCCAAAAAUUCACUAUGCAAACAUUUAUACUGUAACGUAGUUGUAAUCCUAUGCUCAGUAGCAGGGCAUACCAUGAACUCUACAAAAAAACCAGUAUUAUUCAGUGAUAUCUACCACAACCAUGCAAGAGAGACUGGGCACAAAACAGGACAAAAUUUGCUAUCACUGCCAGUAUUAUGAAGAAGAAAUGGAAACUGUGAAAUUCUUCCUCUCUUACCUUAAAGGGUGUUUUUUUUUAAAUGAAGAAUUUAAAAUCAUUUAAACCACUUUUGCUAGCUGUCGUUGCAAAACCAAAUAAAGCAAUGACAUAAAAGAUUAAUCUAAAGUACAUUUUCUGUAUUGGGAUAACAUUUUUGAUGGUGAAGAGGCUGUUUUUCCCAUGUGUUAGCAGCAAGUAUAAACACAUUACUAAAAUAAGAAAAUCAGCUGUACAUGCAUGCCCUAAUUUGCAUAGCUCAUUCUUUAUACUCUUACCAUAUUUGCCCCAAAGUAAGACCUACCCCAAAAUUAAGCCCUAGUUUGAUUUUGGGGGGUGGGUGGGCCUAAUAUAAGACUUAUCCCAAAAAUAAGCCCUAGUUUUGGGGAGAGGCUUACCCCUAAAAAUCAAGCUAAGGUGGGGGGUAGAGCUUACCUUUGCAGCCAGGCCUCCUAUGGAUUGACACUUGCCUCACCGGCCCAUUUCUUUUGCAGCCAAAGGAGCAUCUUCAUUCUGCAGCUGAGAAUGGAGCUUGAGUCUGCAUUUCACCAUCAGAGGCCUUUCUGGAAGGCUAUUGCAGCCGAAAAUCAAGCUAUGGAUUGAAUUGGUGCUGCCGUUGCAAGGUGAGUGGAAAAGACUCCCCCCCCCCAGAAAUAAGACCUCAUGCCUCUUUUGGAGGCAAAAAAAUAUAAGACCAGUUUUAUUUUCAGGAAACACAGUAAUUUAAAAGAUUUAAGAUGUUUUUGUGAAAGGAAAUAUAUAUGAAUGAGACCUUAGUUAUACCUGUUGAGGAAAUGGAUUAUCAAAUAGUUACAAAUGCCUCUGUUUCAAUCUCUAAGAUUUAUAUUAAAAAUUUGUUAAUGAAUAAUCCUUGCCUAUGGUAGAUUCUUGAAUACUGUUGGACAUCACUUGUUAGAUUAAACUUCUAUUUUUAAAAAAGACUUUUAUCCUGCAUAUUAGUUCAUAUACAACUCAAAGCAGCAAACAUAUCAAUAGUCCUUUCUAUCUUCCCCACAACAAUAACCUGUGAUAUGAGUUGGGCUGAGAGUGUGUGACUGGCUCAAAGUCAGCCGGCUGGUUUUUCAUGCCUAAGGUGGGACUGAAACUCAUAGUCUACUGGUUUCUAAACUGACAUCUUAACCACUAUACCAAAGCUUUUGUUCUUGAAAAACUCAGAUGUAAAGAAAGUAACUUUAUUUAAAAGUAACUUCAGACAGGACAGAAAAUCAAUAUAUUUCAAAGCUUUGCAGAAAAAUGAUGAGAAUGAAAGAUAAGUCUUAAUAUAUACAUUUAACUAAGGAAGUACAGUAGUACAGAAGAAAGAAAAAAGGAUGCCUUUCUCUACAAGGCCUUGAUUUCAAGCCCUGAAAUCUCAAAUUUAGCUAUUACAAUGAAGUCCUGUUGCAGACAGACCUGUUUUUUUUUAUCACCACUUAAAAUCUAAUUAAUCCGUAUUGAAGCACAAAGAUUUCUGUUGUUUUUUUUUAGGUGAGGGGUCAUAGAGCGUUCUUUGUUCAUCCUCAGACUUGCAAUCAUCAGGCAUUGGGAUAUAAUUUUACCAAGCAAAUUGAAAGGUAACAGAUCAAAUCCUUAUCACAAAACUGAACUCAUAGUUAAGCAGAGUCCUUCGUCCUUUGCAAGAAACUUUAUAUUCAGGAAGAACAAAAACAUGUUUCAGAGUUCUCAAAGGGUUAAUAGUUAAAGCUUAUAUUCAGGAGAGCAAAGAGCAACCAUCAUCGGAGUUACAGCCACUAUAUAAAGUCAAAGUUCCAAAAAACCUGGCCAAAAGAUUUUCCAGCCAGCCGAUUGCAUCCUUUACAAUGGCUUUAGUGAACCGAACCAUAAUGCAGUUAGCAGGGAUUUUAUUUUGCCUGUUAGGAUGGGUCUUAUCCUGCCUCACUACUUAUUUACCUCAGUGGAAAAAUCUCAAUUUAGAAUUGAAUGAAUUGGAGAUCUGGACAAUGGGACUGUGGCAAGCUUGUGUGGUCCACGAAGAAGGGGGAAUGCAGUGCAAAGAAUUUGAUUCUUUUUUAGCUUUACCUCCCGAGCUCCAAAUUUCUAGGAUUCUGAUGUUCAUAUCCAAUGGAUUAGGACUUUCUGGUCUCUUACUCUCAAGUUUUGGAUUGGAUUGUUUAAAGAUUGGAGAACAACAACAGAAUCUAAAGAAGCGGUUAUUGUUGCUGGGAGGAAUAUUCUGCUGGAUAUCAGGAGCUGCAGCCUUAGUCCCAGUGUCUUGGGUUGCUCAUACCACUGUGCAGGAAUUUUGGGAUGAAACUAUUCCAGACAUCGUUCCGAGGUGGGACUUCGGGGAAGCACUUUUUGUAGGCUGGUUUGCUGGAUUCUGUCUCAUUUUUGGAGGCUCACUGCUAAAUUGCAGCGUCUGUUCUGUUGAUACUCAAUCGUCCUCGGUCCAUUAUACAGUGGCAGGUGUGCUAGAUGCUUGUCAACACUUGGAAAGUAACAACAGACCCCGAAGUCUAAGAGACUGAGAAACACAGGAGAGCCUAUUUUUCCUUUCAUGCACUUAAACACAAUAUGCGGAACCUUAUUCCAAUUAAGAUUAAAGGACACUUUGUUCCUUACUUGAUUAAGUACACUUGAGCUUCUAAUAUUUUUCCUGAUUUUUUUAUUUCAAGAACUGUGUUAUCCUUCUUAUUACAAAGCUGGAAAUGCUGGCUUCACAACAAGAGUAGAUUAAAAUGACAUAGAAAACUUCAUCAUAUAUUUUUGUCUACUUCGACUUAAAAUGUACUGUAAAAAAAUAUCCAAAGCUCAAAUUAGACAUAAGGAAAUAUGAAUUCUCAUAUAACACAAUCAUACACUGCUAAGUUUGGUACUUGAUUUUCAGAACUGGUUGUUUUUGUUUUUCUACUGUCUUAAAAUUCAAAGACUAUUCUCAUUUAAACUUUCUGCUACAAAUUCAAAUAUGCAGCAAAACCUUUAAAUAAACCUUCAAAUAACAAUACUGGUUAGUACAUCUCAGUUGUAUCUACAGACUAGGAUUCAUUUUAAAGCAUGGAAAACACCAAGGUUUCUCCCCCUCCCAUUUGUAUGCUGUUGCCCAUUUUUAAGAUACAAGGGAGUAGCUAACAAAAUAUUUUAAUUAGAUGUGAAAUACUGGUAUUGUACAGAAUCAGUUCUGUUAUGCUAUGCGUUGAUAUUUAAGUGUUAAGUAUAUAUGAUCCCAAUAUACUUUCUAAAGUCUGAGAAAAACUUUAUUAAUUUUAGUGUGUGAUGACAGCAUUUUUUUGUUUACAUCUUUAAAAAAUUGGAUUGCUUGUGUGCCAUCCAUUUAUAAUGUGUAAUGUCUUUUAUUAAGCAGUUCCAAGUUACAUAAUUGAAUUUGCAAACUUAAGAGUGUUAGGUUAAUUAUAUUUGUACUUAUCUGGAGGAAAACAUUAUUGAACUCUGUGGAUUUGCUUCUGAAUGAAUAUGAAUUCAAUUAUGCAGUUAAAUCUAUCCAAGUAAAGGGAUUGACUAUUGUUUCCUAAAAAGAAAUAAAAUAUUAGUAUUUGAACUGUAUUUUCAGUAUAGAAUGGAUCUUAUGAGUCUAAUACUUUUGAAAUCAUGAUUUGUCAUUUUUCUCUAUUAAAAUAUCAUUGGAAAGAACAAAUAAUGUGACAUUUACAGCACUUAUUUACUGAUAGUAAUAACACAACACUUCUUCACUAAUCCCCAACUCAAAAUCUAUCAGUAUAUUCACAAAUGCUAAAACUUGCAUACUUCUGAUUAUAUUGCUUAAUGGAAAAGUUAAUGGUAUUUUAUAGGGAAAUAUUGUUAAACCUAUUAAGUAGCUUUCAAGGCUGGAAUAGCCUUAUUUUUUAUGAAAUGAAGGAACGUGCUCUGAAAAGCCACAUAGGUAGUGCAAAAAGGAAACAAAGGACAUAAUGUAAAAUGUAUUUUUUUUUCUUUUAGCUUUGCCUAAAGAAGUCAAGGUUUACAGAAUUUUAACACUCUUCACAAAUGGACAGUUGUCUGGUGUCAGAACAUCAAGAAUAAAAGCUACAAAAAGUGCUAGUUGUAUAAACAUUGAUGUGCUCUGUUGCUCUGAAGUAUGCCCAGUGUUGAAAUUUGAUAGGAGGCUACUCAAAAGAUUGCUGUCAGAUGGGAAUAUGAGAAUACACUAUUCAUUGGUUACCAGUGGAUUUCUACUUCUCUGCGCAGAAUUGAUCAUAAUUCUUUUUGUUAGGCCACAGAAGAAAUACACAGAAGAGUUAGUCUUUUUGACAAUAGCUAAAUCAAACUAAAAAAAUCUGCCAAGUAUAUAUAAAUUAAAUUUAGGAUGAAAAUUAUAUCUAUUUCUGUUUAGCAUAAUCUAUAUUUAUAUAGUUUGAUUUGUAUUAUUAGUUAAAUAAACACGUUUCAAUGUAUUAUAUAAUCAGAUAUUAUUACCUGUUACAUAUCUGUUAAUAUUGGAAGUGUCCAAAUUUCCAGUGUCAUAAAAUGUAUUUUUAAAAAUAACUUUUCUGUAUUGCAAUAUCUAUUUCCCAUUCUGGAAAUAGGGAUGAAAACAGAGCACGGACUUGCUCUCAUUUCUGAGUUUCAGAUCCAGUCAGUUUUAUAUCAUAUCUUAGUGUAUAAAAUGCUAUCAGAAAAAAAAAUCAUACACUGUUAUGGAUUAUGGUUUUUGUAAGACCUUAUAAGUACAGCUUACAUAAUCAUUGUUACUAAAUAAACCACCCAUCUACAAUACUGAUUAAUGGACCACCAUUAUGACAUGGUCUUAUUGGUGAAUUUUUUAUGUGAACAUUUGCACGAAUCACAUAAACUUGAUUUAACUGGUAUUUGUAAAGAAUAGAAACAUGCAAAAAAUACUGUUAAAAAACUAUUUUUUUCCAAAUCAUUGAAACAAUUGAAAAGUGCAGAGACAAAGGUUAAUCUAGGUGAUGUGUACACAUACAGACAAUAUUAGGAUAGAAGACAUUUGUGAUAUAACCUGAUUAAAUAUUUAGUUCAGUUCUAAGCACUUAAUACUUAAAUAUAACAUGACUGUAUAAAAAUUGAAGUUUAUUUUAAUCCAAUAAAAGAUUUGCUAACACUUUGUUCAUUUGGCUAAACAAUAUUGUAUAAUACUUGUAAUACUUGUAAUAUGAUAUAUAGGAUUGUACUAAAGUAAUGAUAAUCAAGAUAUGAUUACAUUUGUUCUAUUCUCUGAUAGGUAACUUUUAUGAUAAAAAUGAUAUUAGUGUAGCAUGAGACUUGACUGAUAUUUGUCCAUGAUCAUGGUUUUCAAAAUUGUUUCAAACUCUAAACAAACUUUGUGUAAGAUUUCCAGAACUUCAAAAUGUUUUCUUAAGUAUUAGUUGAGAUUGCUGCAAUUUUAGCAUGUGAAAGAAGGCAUGCAUAGAAGAACCUUUUUAUAAACAGCUAACAAAAUUUGUCUUGCCAAUAUAUUAUUCUUUUUGUUUCUCUCUAAACAUUGGUCUGAACAUUGUGGCAUACAUUUAGAAAAGAAAGAGGGAGGUAUAUUUGUAUGUGUCCCUAAAACAAUUUGCACAGUAGCUUUCUUUAACCUGCAAAUUUAAAUGUGCAGAACUGAACUAUAUUAAACUGUACUGUACAUAAAUAAGACUGAAAAUAAAUAAAUCACAAGAUACAACUCUAUACAUCAUUCUAAAACAUUAUUAUACUGUAAUGUCAAACUGAGAAGCUGAAACUAUCAGCUUUCAUUUCUAUAUUAAAUAACUUUGCGACUUCUGCUUUUAGACAUUGACCUUGACAGAGUAAAUGGCAUGUACAUAUUAAGUUCACUUCUAAAGGAUGGGUUAAAAAAAAGAGGAACCCAGAAAAUAUUAAGCACAAUUAGUUUCCUGCCUCCAAGUUACAAGUAAUGUUGAAAAGAUCUGAAUAAUUACACAUUGUUGUGCAUAAUAAUAGGACCCUUUGGGAGAUUUACAGUACAAAAAUAAAUUAAGACACAAUAAUUUAUUUCCUUCUGUAAUUCUAAGAAUGGCAAUGAACAUACUGUAAAUGUUCGCCUAUUUUUUCAAUAAUACUAUUAUAUCCUUGAAAAAUAAAACACAGCAUGUCGAUAUACAAUUGUAUUGCAAAAUGAACAAGUAUGCAAUUAAUAGAAGUUUUUUGUUUCCUUGGUGGCUAUUUUUGUGUGUAUGUGAAUAUGUAUCACAUAUAGAACUGUGUGUCACUUUCAUCAAAUGGCUUUAAAAUUGCCUAAAUAACUGUUAUGCUCUCAUUAUCAUACCACAGGGCAGAAGCAAUAGUUACAUUGUUUAAAUAACCUUACAAACUGAGAAGUUCUGCUUUAAUCAAUGGGGAGUAUGGCAUGCAGAUUUAAUUUAGUAAAAGACACUUAUCACUACUAGCUCUUCAAUCCCUUCUUAGCAAUUAGAUCCCUUGCUUUAGUCUGGUCUACAAAACUGUGACAUCACAGCUGAAACAACACUGUGUGUUCCAUGAUGAUGACAUCAAAACUAAUUUGGUGGUUAUCAGAUGCGAAUUACCAAGGGACGUGAGGAUGCCAAGAAAACUUGUACUAUGGCUAUGCAAAACCCCUUGAUGGGCUGAAUAAAGCAAACUUCGUUGAAGAGAUCCUUCCAAAGUUUUGGCAUUGGUUUUCUAGACUUUAAAUAUGUUCACAGACUCUGCACAUGUUUAUUUAUACAUGCACAAUAACCCAAGGUCAGCUACUAAAGUUCCUCAAAUUCCAACUUGAGCCUUCUGGAAGAUGUGCAGCGAGUUGAGAAAGGGGUAGGGGUGGGAUGGGAUUUCAGAUUUGCCCACAUGUGCUUGUGAAGCACCUUUGCUUACUGCCUAUUGUAAACUUCUAGCCAGAAGCUGAUUUUGGAGAAUAACCUGAUUUUAAAAAAAUCAUCUUGUAUCUAAACCUGUUGCUGUUUAAACAAACUAAUGUUAUUGAUCAAGUUUAAUUCUUAUUGUGCCAUAAUUAAUUUAGGAACCAAUUUACAUGGUCCAUUUAAUCUUAACCCAACUAAUAUUAUUUAAGUGCUCAUUAUCUGGGUUUCUUAGAAGAAAUCUUUAUGACAAUAAUAUACAAUGGAUGCUUAGAUCAGUGUUUCUCAACUUUGUCGAUUUUAAGAUGUUUGGGAUUCAUUUCCAAGAUUUCCCCAGCAUUCUGGGAGUUGAACUCCACACAUUUCAAAGUUGACAAGGUUCAGAAGUACUGCCUUAGAUAAAUGCAUUUCUUAAGAACAAUUCUUGUGAAAAUGGAUCUGUUUGGGCUCCACGAAAGUAACUAUUUUAAUAAGCUCUUAAUGGAUAUAUUUACAUAUUAAUUUUAAUUUUCAUUCUUUGAGUAUUUAGGUUUAAAAUAUUUUGCAAGUGAAUUUGGAUCCAUUUUUCCCAAAACAGCUGUCAUUUGGAUAUCAUCAAUUUUAACACAUGGAGGGUUAUACAGUGAGACUUGAAAUACGACCCCAAAUUCAAUACAUUCAAAAAGGAUAUUUUUCCAGCUGAGUAUUCUAGGCCUCUUCCUUCAUUCAAAAAAAAAGGUAAAAAACGGAAAAGGUUUUUUUUGUCAGAGUUGAAAGUUCCAAUGUAAACAGCAGAAAUCUAAAAAGCACCUGUAUGCACUAGACCAGAGGCCCCAACCUUUUGGGCACCAGGGACCGGUUCUGUGGAGAAAGAUUUUUCCGCAGACUAGAGAGGGCGUGUGCUACCUGCAUGUAGUGGAUGGGGCUUUGCUUGUUUGUGCGGCCCGGUUGCUGGCAUGUUGUGGCCCGGUGCUGGUCCACGGACCAGGGGUUGAGGACCCUUGCACUAGACAGACCUGCUGGCAUGGAAGAGGACUCACAUUUCCUGAAAGCUAUGUACAUACUACUACUACAACUACAACUACUACUAGUAGUACUAGUAGUAUCACCUCUCUUUAUUCAAAACCGAUUAGAUGGCUCAACAGCCGUUUUCAGUUGUCCUUGUGAAAAAAAAUAAGCAGGGGAAAUGAAACAUAUUGAACAUAUUGCAUGAUGUAGAGCAGCAGUGCAAUUCAAUGGGAUAUACAUAAUAAGAUUUCCUUUGUUCUUACAUAUACAAACUGUACAAAAUUAGCCUCAUUGGUGUAUCAAACACAUUUUGCUUUACAUUUCUAGAGAAAAGACAGAGGGAACAGUUUACACGUCUGAAAUGUUACAUUAGAGCAUAAUGUAUUAUAUUUUAUACACAAUAUCUACAUUGAAUUCAAAAAGAUGUCUUUAAAAGAUUGUAGAACAAUAAUAUAAAAGCAUUCACUUAAAAAAAA